AUGCAAGAAGUUUGUAUUGAUCCACAAAUCAAGACAGAAUCAUUGAUUCCCCUCCAGACAGUGAUACUUGGGAAUCAACAAAUGAAUACAAACAAUGCACCGCCGCAACAAAAUGGUCAACAACAACAACAACAUCCGGUUCUUAAUCAGCCACCAACUCAGCCCAAAAUGGGCACAAACUGUGAUAAGUCGAGGGCUGCAGAAAAUGCUUAUUGGAUGCCUACUGAAACUGGAUUUAUAAAUUCCCAGCCUUCGAUGGCCGAGUUCUUAACUCAUUUGGGACCAGAUUCAAGUCCAAAAAUGGAUCAAACGCCUUACGGAAAUUCAUCAGAAGAUCCAGUGCCAGAAUAUCCUUGGAUGAAAGAAAAGAAAACUGCACGAAAGAACAACACUCAAAGUGAGUUUUUGAUAAAUUGA